AUGUUGGACUAUGGAGCCUCUGAAAUGCCUUUAGAGAAAAUGUGCUUUGAAGAUUUGAAAUCAUACCUGGCAAAGAACCCUGAUUGUAGGCGCCUACGAGCAUCUAUGGAAGGGUAUCUUGAUGCCUAUAAUCCAAUAGCCUCUGGUACUCCAGCUGGAAUUUUCAUCAAUCGGGUUGAGGAACUUGAGUUUGAAUGUGUUCCAACAUCCCUCAUGGAGGAAGUGCUUAAGUUUCUAAAUGUAAGCGCAUGA